AUUUGUAGUCAUUCCCACAACGCAUAAGAACAAUUAAUUAUACGACCUUUAACAGCGUUAUGGCUUCAAAUAAGAUGGAUGGAUGGAUAAUAGCAUUAUUAAUUUCAUUACGAAAUGGUUCUCCAAAGCAUUUGUAUAUUGUUCUUGUUACCCUUGAAAGUUCUGUUGUUGUUUUGGAAAUAAAUAAAUGCCUUGGUCCAACCAUUUUGUCUAAAUGUGCCCGUAUGUUCGACCCAGUAACACAUUUAUUUAAGGCUGCUUGAUGGGUGAGUGACGAAAGAUGGGGCGGAGUCUCUAGAGCGUUCAAAAUCGAGACCAGAGCAUCGUUGCAUAGCGUCUGCUUUCCUGCAAACUUUUUUGUUUUGUUUUGUUUUGUCUUGUCUGUCACUUUAUUUAGUGAAUGUUUACAUUGCCUUUAUCUUCUGCUCUCCGUACGGAGCAUUUAUUUUGGUAAAUGUGUGGCGGUGUUUCAGUAAUUGCCACCGAAAACGAAUUGCAAUUUCCUUUUUUUGUUGCCCUAAACAUGAAUUGUUACUGGUUGCCAGUCAGACAACUACAUUCGGUCCAUAAAUGCAGCGGCCUUCCGUGAAAAUAACUAUUUCCGUCUCAAAAGGUGUUCCUGGCGACGGAAAAGUCUGGCCGCCAAACGUGUCAUGAGAUUUUGUGGUUCAGAAGAGAACCAGCGGCUGGAGAGAUUGUUGCAGGACAACCUUGCAAGAGAAAUGCGUCUUUGGAGAGCGCCUGUUCUCCACGGCGGUUGCAUUCAGGGCUCAGACAUCGCUCCAAACGUUUACCGGGAAAUAAUAACAUGGUUGCAAGAAAUGAGUGGGAUGUUUAAGUUUUGUUCUGAAACUUUUGCUUUGGGAGUCUGUGUCCUUAAUCGACUGUUAGCAACGGUAAAGGCCCAGUCAAAAUACCUCAAGUGCAUGGCCAUCACUUCACUGAUACUUGCAGCAAAAAUCAAUGAGGAAGAUGAGGUGACUGCGUCGGUUAAGGACCUGUUAGCGCAGAGCGGAUGCAGCUUUUCAACAGCAGAGAUUCUUCGCAUGGAAAGAAUUAUCCUCGACAAACUGCACUGGGACCUUUAUACAGCAACACCAAUCGACUUCAUUCACAUCGUAAGUAGUAGACGCCCCACCCUAAUUGCUUCCUCAGUUCAGACUAAACAUAACGGUAAGAAAAAUCACAAGAAAACGCUUAACGCCAUUGUUGACGUGAAUAUUUGCGAACGAUACCAAAAUGGAGUCUUGGUCCCCUUAAAUUGUGCAUUGCUAGGACAAGGUCAGGCGAGCCAGUAAGGACUGACGGCGACAGGUGCUUUUGCGUCUGGUCGAACAUUUGGCGCAAAGCUAGUGCUGGGCCAGUCUGAGAUAAGGAAGGUGUCUUUGGCCA